UGAAUUCGUUAAAAUUAGAUAUAUCUUAAACCCAAAGGUACCAAUCCAAAACCCCACCCAGAUACCCAACUAAGCAGCCGAUUCCAAAGAUGAACAGCAGCCUCCGGCUGUUCCCAACGUGUCCGUGCUCAGCCCGACUACCCACGAUUCCAAAACCAUCUUCGUUGGUUUUCAUUGACAAUCCAAGCCACUUUCCGCAUUUGAAGCCAGCGAAGAGGAAGCAGCAAUUAGCAUCGUGUACCAGUUAUGAAGUCGGUGGAGGUUAUCCAGAGGAGCAAUUGGAUAUGCAAGAUAGAAGACGAUCCAGAAAAGAAGGGAAUCCGAAAAUGGACACUUCCGAGUACGAAGCUCUCCUCAAAGGAGGCGACCAAGUCACCUCUGUUCUUGAAGAGAUGAUUCUCAUCUUGGAAGAUACAAAUACUGAUGAAGCAUCUGAAGAGAUAGCUUUGCAGUUGGCCGCACAAGGAGUCAUAGGUAAAAGGGUUGAUGAGAUGGAGUCAGGCUUUAUGAUGGCCUUAGACUACAUGAUCCAGAUUGCCGAAAGGGACCAAGAUGAUAAGCGCAAGGCAAUAUUGGAGGUGGUCAAGGAGACAGUUCUAUCUCAUCUCACAAAAAAAUGCCCGCCACAUGUUCAAGUGGUCGGCCUACUUUGUCGGACUCCAUUGAAAGAAAGCAGACACGAACUACUUCGUAGAGUGGCUGCUGGGGGUGGCGCGUUUACAAGUAAGAAUGGCACCAAGGUCCAUAUCCCGGGAGCAAAUCUUAACGACAUAGCCAACCAAGCUGAUGAUUUGGUUGAGACUAUGGAAACUCGGCCAGUUGUGCCUGAUCGGAAACUGCUUGCGAGGCUCGUUCUGAUUAGAGAAGAGGCUCGGAAUAUGAUGGGAGGGGGAAUCCUGGAUGAACGAAAUGAUCGUGGUCUAAGUACUCUUCCUGAAUCAGAGGUGAAUUUCUUGACCAAACUGGUUGCUCUAAAACCUGGGAAUGUUGUAGAGGAGAUGAUAAAAAAUGUAAUGUUAGGAAAAGACGAAGGGGCCGACGACUUAGGUGAUGAUGAGGAAGAUACUACACGAGCCGGUGGACAAAGGGCUUCAAGGGGAAUUGCAGGAAGGGAAAGUGUGUCUGGACGUAAGCCUCUUCCUGUUCGUCCAGGCAUGUUUCUUGAAACAGUAUCCAAGGUCCUAGGUGGAAUAUAUUCUGGAAAUGAGUCGGGCGUCACCGCACAACAUUUAGAAUGGGUACAUCAGAAGACACUUCACAUUCUUGAGGAAAUAGCAUUCUAGUCUCUGUGCUAUCAUUAAGGAAUCAAGAGCAAAAAUCAGCCCAAAUCAGCCAACAUGAUGGAAAUAUGAAGGUGCCAGUAGAGUAGCAUGUGAAGAAAGGCCCCACAAAGUGUAUUAAAUUUGCUUCAAUGUACACACACCAAUGGGGCCUUUGUAAUCAUCUUCAAUGCUGAGGGAAAGUAGAAGCAAACACAGCAAGGAUGUUUCUGUUUUAUGCAAAGAGGAACCCUUUUUCUUUUUU